AAUCUAUUGUUGAAUAUGACUGAAUGUAUAUAUGUUGAAUUUAUUGUUUUUGUGAUUUACUAUAUUUGUUUGUGAAUAUUUUUUGAAAAUCCGAAGGUACCGAUGGUUUGAAAUUUAAAUAAAGAUCUCGUGAACUUGUAGGGAGGGAGUGUUAGCGUAGGGCUACUCGUCCUCUCGAUACACUUGCGGUAUACCCGCUAUGUACACCUUCGGGUGGUAUUCUCGUGACAUCGGGUACCAACGGAUAGUAGCGCUGAUGCGCACCUCGACUUAUGUUUUGUUUGUUGAAUGUAUAAGACGUAUAUUGUUUUGCUCUCAACGUUUGAUGUAUUGUAAAUGUGUUUAUGUGUUUUUAGGAUUCUGACAGGUUAAAGAAAACGAUACUAGAGCUCGUUAGUUGAUUCUGUUUUGAUGCUUUUGAAAGUUGAAAUACGUUAGAAACAGAUCAACUAACUUUUGAUAUACUUUUGAAAUAUGUAGAUGUGUGUUUAUGCGUUCUUUUUCUACUUUUUAUACAAUUUGGAGUUUAUUUGAUUUAUAAUGAAUAAUGGUGUAAUGUGAAACGUUAUAUCUCGAUUACAAUGAUUUGAAGAACUGACUUAAUUUUUAUUUGAAUUAUCGUGAAGGUGGUUCGUGAAUAUUUCCCAUUCGUCAUGUUUCCUGAUAUGGCUGCCUAAAAGCCAGAGCACUGAGGUGCAGGUGAAGAUGUGGUGAGAAGUAAAGAACCCCCUUAUUUAGGUUAGACAUGUAAUCAUUAAAUUACCUUUGAAUUACCUAAAUGUAAAUGAUAUAGUCUAAUUAGUGACUCUUAAUUCUUUUCCUUUAUCUCGAUAUGAUUCCAUUAUGAAUCGUGAUAGGUAGUUACCUACCUUCUAAAUUAAUGAUAUAUCUCGAUUGAGAGAUCCUUCUUGAACCCCAUUUGGAACUACACAAAAUAUAAUGAAUCAUACUGUGUAUGUAUCUUCGAAAUAAAUUUAUUCACGAGCUAUGCUCGUAACUUCUUGGCUAUUGGUACAAAAUCAUUUUAUUUAAUAUGUGAAGAAGAUUCUUUUAUUUUGAAUGGAAACUGAUUAUCUGGUUAGUUAUGUGGUUACUAGUAGGUUUUUAAUGUCCUAUACAUCGAGCCUAUUUCUCAUGUCUCAUUCCUUUCAAAUACCUAUCUUCUUUCCUAUUUGUAAUUUCCACUCUUUUGAAACCUAUAUCUCUUGUCCCAAAAAAUUAAUCAUUUUUAUUCCAACCUAGUUACCACAUAAACUAAUAUGGCGCCCAACGUGGGGCUCAAGGGAGGUUUCCUUGAGUGAAAAAAAAAAAACCCUCAAAAUUCUAUUUUUAUUUUGUGUUCCAAAAAAAAACAUGCGAUCAUGGGUAUAGCCAAAAUAGGUAUAUCAGAUUUCAUCACCUAUCUUUCCUUUUAGUUGUCUCAACGUAAUGUAACGUAAAGUAAACUCUUUUACGUAUUUAUCUAGUAAAAAUAGACAACUGUAGAAUAAAGUAAUAUGGUGCUUAAAAUCUGAUCAAUUAACGUAAUGAGAAUAGGCAUGAAAAUUCUCGAUUAAAAGUAUACCAUCUUCUCGCACCAUCAAGCUAGGAAAAGAUAAAACCAUUUCAAGGUUAAAAAACGAAUGUACUUUUUGUUCAUGUGUUAACGUACAAUUCGUAAUAGUACAAGUACAUCGAUAUCAUGCCAUAUUAUUUCAACCUUGAUUUAUUACUCGAAUAAAAAUGUAUGUUUUAGCUUGAAUUUUCCGUCUCUUACGUUUCUACAUAUACCUGCUAUUGUAUAUGAUGUUUUCUUUCCAACCUUAGAUAAAUGUACUAGUUACUUCGUUGUGUGCAUACUGAAUCGAUCGAAUCUAUUUUAUAAUUAUCAUACUCGUUAUUAUAAAAUUAUUGAAAAAAAAAAAAAAAAAAAAAAAAAAAAAAUUAGGUUUAAGUAGUUUAGAGUUUACCCACCAGAUCACGCUCUAGUAGUUAACGUUAUUUAAUCGUAUUUUCCGCAUAAUUUCAUUCUGCCAUCUUGUUAUGUUGUUAUCUGUUCGUUACAAUUCUAAAUUCUAAUUAACGUUAAUUAUUGUAAUAAUUUUUACUUUUUGGAUUCCGCGAUUGAUUUUUAUGAUCGCGUGUGAAGUGCAAUUAUCCUGUACACUGAGUUCCAGAGCUAUAUUUAUUGUCAUUCCCUUCGGAUUCGUUCGAGUGUUUUGUAAUGGCUGAAGAACGCCCUGUUAUGGUUGUCAACACACUGAAUUAUUAACGACACCAGUAAUUGUUGCAUGCGAGUAGCUAAGCACACAAUUACACAUACAAGUCAGCCACAUUUGGAGAAUCUGACAACUAUCUGAAUACGUCGGUGUGAGCGUAGCUCGAGACUCGACGUACUUGUACCAAGUUGAAGAAGAUUACCUCAAACAACGAAGCCUUACGUAUCCUUAUCUCAAGAAAAUGAGCGAGAAUUCGGUAUUCAUAAUCAUACUAAUAAUGGAGAAACACUGGAACGCCAUCAUAUUUGCCUUCAGCAUUCGGUCAUCAGAGGACCGAAAAAUCUUCACUAAGAUUAUAUCAUUCAUCAAAAGAGAAAAAAAUCAUAUCAACUCACAUUUUCGGAAUGCUCUUUCACAGUACAAAUAUUUUCAAACCACAAACAUCCAGCAAACUGGUUCAGAACACUAGAUUUUUUUUUGAAUUACUGUGAGAUCAAUCAAUCAGAACUUGAAAAACAACAUGAUAUAAUUUUUUGAAAAUUAUUGCCCAUAAAUUAAGAAUCAAUGAUAAUAUUAUGUACAUAGAAACAAAAACCCAAUUUUAUGACGAAAAUGACCUUGAGAAAAACGAGAAAACACGUUAAAAUUACCUAAAAUCGUGAACAAUCUUAAGAUCAGAUCACGGAUUUGCAAAUUUUUACUCAACUAUGAGUAUAAUCAGAGCAUUCUAUGUCCGUGGGAGCACACGGGGCAAAAUGAAAUUUCGAAAAUAUCAAAACAUUGGCAUAAAGACACAAAAAAUGAAAGAGAUUAAAAACAAAUGAAAAAAAUGACAGCCGAAAUUUUGGUACAAAAAUCGUAAUAAGAACUGAAAAAAAAUGAAAAAAACAACUUUGGAUCCAGACUAAAAUAAUACCUACAUAACAUUUGGCUGACUUUGCGACAUGAUUUUUUUCAAGUAUUUUUUUGACUAUCUCAAAGUCGAUCAAAAUAAUUCAGAAAAUUAAAAAAGGAUAUUUGCUGACUUUUUAGUAAUUUAAAAAAAAAAAAAAAAAAAAAUGUGGGAUUUAAAUUAAUCAAAGAAGUGUCUCAUAUCGUUGCUGUUAGAAUAAAAAAAAGGAGCCAUUAAGCCAGAUUUUGACAAAAUUUCCAGAAACGAUGGCUCAAAGAUGUAAAAACACGAAUAGUAACUGUAAAAUUUUUGCUGCAUAUUGGAUAAAAAUUGACCUGGAGCUUACAAUGUUCUUGAAACAAUAUGUUUCUCCUACUGUCGCGAAAUUUUAUUCUAUUCAGACAGUUUUCGAUCAAUUUAUCGUAAUUAUCAUUUUUGUGUUUGCAAAAUUUUUGCAACUUUUUAUUGUUUAAAUUUUUUAAAUAAGUAGGUAUAAGAUUAGUAAUUAAACAUUGAAAAAUAAUCCACACCAUGAGCUGGACCACCCCGCUGAAAUUAGCAGGGGAACAUUCCUCAGCCCAUUCUCUUCUAUGGGGCUCUAACGAAAAUUCGUUUCGACUGCGACGACUCGUUUACAAAUUCUAUUAUUGGUUUUUUACAUUCAAUUGUAUUUUUAGUUAUAUUUUAAAUCACUUAGAUUAGAUCUCAAAGUUUGAAAUUUUAUGCUUCAACAUCCGAUCACUCGAUAAAUUAUGCUGUUUUUAAGAAGUACGUACACAAGCAAGAAACUUUGAACAUGAGUUACUUCAGUUGAACCUUUCGAAUGAUGUUAUUACAGGUAAAAUAACUCAAAACAGAAUGAUAGAAACAACAUGCUGAAAAUCCCAGGUAUGAAAUCUAUCACAUAGAUUACUCAAAACCAAUCCAUUAUCAACUAAUGCAAUUCAGGACUAGCUGUAAAACCGAUCGUAGGUUAUUUUACAAGAUCUCUAUGAUCUCAUAUUGUAAACCAAAACCAUCAAACUUAUUGGGGGGGGGGGAAUAUAUUGACUCGUAAAAUACAGAUUAACUUCCCUAAAACAACUAGGUAAUACUUAAAAAUAAUAAUGAGACAUUCAUCUACUUUAGUGGCAGUAGGAUUAUAUUUUUUAUUUCGGUUUAGUAGGUUUGUUAAUUUAAAUAUUUUAUUUUAUUUAUCUAUAUUAACAUUAUUAUUUUUUGGUUACAAUUAAUAUCUACUUCAUUAAAACGGACUAUGACACGAAGAUCAAAUUAUCCACAGGACUGCAGUGAGAACGAGUGAAAUUAGGUCUUUAUCUCAACAUCUAGAGAGUGCCAUAGUAAUGAAAUCAAACUUUCACCUGGAUUUGACCACAUCAAAGUUAUUUAAUAGUGUCGGUGGUGAAGCCGAUGACCUACGAAAACCUGCUGCUGAAUAUGGAUCCACCGGCGCCGUAUCACAAAACCUUAAUUUCGACGCGGACAAGUUAUUAUCCUCAGAGAUGCAGUACGGUCGAGCAAGACGCCCUAAAGGAGAUAUUCGAAAGCAAGAAAAAAGAACUCUAUAUGUUUCCCAUUUUACUCACGCCGGAGAUCGAUCUAUCGAAUAAUGAUACUGGAAAAGAAGUGGUACGAUUUUACAAUGAAUUCUCUGCCCUCAAUACGUGCUUUCGCGACGUUAGCGACGAUGACGAGCCGGUAAAUGAUGGGCUAAUCGUACACGACUCUGAAGAAGAGGUCUUUAUCGGCGAUGACGAAGAAUUCUUCGUAGGAGACGACGCAGAAAGCGAGAACGAAAUUGCCUAUGGUGUUGCUAAUGGAGUAAUUAGUACCGGAAGUAAACGAAGACCGAAAAAAAAUGUAACUGAAGAGGACACAACGCCGGAGCAGAAUGAGAAGAUUGAGAAAGAAAUGCAGGACCAUUCCAUUGGGGUGUACGUGGAUCUCACGGAGUUUGAAACCCUGCUCUCAGACAAGCUAGAAGAGGUUGACGAUACUCGAUUAGGACUCCUAGGUUCGUUAAUAGGAACGGAAAUUAUUUCUUCUGUUGUAGGGGAAGAUUACAAGGCCUGGCUGUCGGAUAAUGUAAGUAUGAUCAUACGUAUGUACAACCGUCGAAUUUUCUCUGUACCGUACAGGGUGCAAAUUUUGAAAAAUUCAAUGACUCGCUAAAAUCAGCUGUUUCAAAGAAGUACAAUGUUGUAUAUACAAGGAAGAAACUUUGAACAUGAGUUACUUCAGUUGAAGAUUUCGAAUGAUGUUAUGUAUUAUUGGUAAAAUAACUCAAAACAGAAUAUGAUACAUAGAAAGAACAUGGCGAAAAUCACAGGUAUGAAAUCUAUCACAUAGAUUACUCAAAACCAAUCCAUUAUCAACUAAUGCAAUUCAGGACUAGCUAUAAAACCGAUCAUAGGUUAUUUUACAAGAUCUCAAUGAUCUCAUAUUAUAAACCAAAACCAUCAAACUUAUUGGUGGGGGGGGGGGUAUAUAUUGACUCGUGAAAUACAGAUUAACUUCUCUAAAACAACUAGAUAAUGCUUAAAAAUAAUAAUGAGACAUUCAUCUACUUUAGUGGCAGUAGAAUUAUAUUUUCAUAACGAAAAAACUUAAAAUCGAACAAAAAUGUUCGAACGAAUUUGAUUUAAUAAAAACUAAUUCAACUCCCAAUUGAGCACAUAAUCUGACAUGCCCCCAGUUAAAAUGUAGUUGAAGUAGUUGGUCUAAAUUAGAGUUCAGUACAUGAACCUUAUCAUCUGCAGUCCAUGCUGAAAAAUACAGGAUUCAAAUAACGAAUUGUAUCUUUUUCUACCUUGUUUAUUGUGAUCUGGUUGUGUGAUCUUGCUGGUGUGGUUACUUGUUUACAUUACGAGAUAUUACGAUGAUUUUUAAUUAACACCGCCUGGAACUUGGUAUGGGUACUUCAUUUAUGUACUUAUACCACUGGACUUUAGCUAACUUUAUUUUUUUUAAAUUGAACUCAUUACUUUGUAAAAAAUUGUAUGGAUGGAUUUUAUUUAAAAAAAUAAGAAUCCAUAGGAGCAUCUUGUAUGCUGAAAUUGCAUGAUCGAGUGGUUAGAUUUGUGUGCUGUCUAGCGUUUCUCAGACCAAUUGGGACAAAUUUAUAAAAGUCUUGAGUAAUGAAGAACUAAAAAUGAUCUCUUAAUAUCUCAAAAGGAGAUUGAUUGUAUUUCAAUCCAGGGCUACUAACAAAACCGAGAUUAUUCUCUUGUGCGGCCACUUUAUUCUCAACAUGUGCGCCUGUUACAAUUUUAAAAUAACUCCAAAACCCAGAAAGGCGCAAUUUUAGAAGAUUUUGAUUGACUUUCUAUUUUUAAUUUUCCGUUUUAUUUUUAUUAUUUUUCAUUUGUGUUUUAUACAGUAUUAUGUUUUCCAUUAUCAAUUGAAUUUAAUUGUUAGUUUCAACUUCUUCAUUUCAAAUUUUAUCACACAGCACCACCAAAAAAUCCGGUUGAAAUCAUAUUGAAAAAUUAAUAUGGAAACAUUCAUUAGGAAUUCCAUUUUAAACAAUUUACUAUAGAAUGUAAUUCAAAUGUAAAGGCUUUUUUUGGUUGAAAUUCUUUUUUAAAAAAUGAUUUCCAAGUAUGUUUCAGCGAAACUGAGUUUAUACCCAUGGUGACCACUGUACAAAUAUAAGUAUCAAACAUCACAGAAAUUACAAAAAUGUAAAUGGAAAAACACGAGUACUUUAGUUGUAAUAUUUCACCACAAAAAAUUUAGAACAAAUACACUAACUGUAAAAACGAAUAUCGAUGAGCUACUCGUAUGUCCGAAUUUAAAUCAUGGCGCCUGAAAUGGUAUGAAAAAAACACUCAAAUGAUAUUUCUGUAUCACGUGAUAGAAAGCAAUAAUCUGAGUAGCACCCCCACCACUAGACGGUGGUGCACUCAGCACCAGCAGUGGUGCGUUAUCAGUAAUUAUACGAGCUUGAUUAUCAGUACAUAGUGUGCAAAUUAAGCGCGUAUUUAGUUAAUAAUGGUACAUAUUUUGGAGUGCUGUUAAAAAAUAAUUGAGUAACCAAAAGAAAAGACAGAAUUUUGUUUAUUUAUUCGUCUGAAGAAAAGUACAACGUAAUGGCAGAUCAAAAACGACAAACCAAACAAGAUCAGCGAAUAAGUUGUGGUCCGUACAAGGAUUGGGCAUAUAAUGUAAAUGCUCCUAUUCCAAUGAGUACAUUAGGACGUAAAAUAUCAUUAUCCAGUAAGUACUUCAAGUCGUUUAUGCUAUUCUACAAACUUACAAGGGAUACGUAUUCACAUUAAACGUAUCUACUUACAUUUAUAUGAAUCGUUCAUUCAAAAUAAUUCACUUCUUACAAAUCAUGCUUAUUGAAAAGAUGCAUGUUAUUUUUUAUUGGUACGUUAUUUUGUUUAUCAGUCAGUUAGUCACGUAUGUAAUUUACGUUGUUUGUACUGUCUUUAGGGAGUGAAGAAAUCCUCAUUGCAUCAAAAUGUUUCAGCAAAUGAUGGGAUUGGAAUUACUAAUGAACAUUUGAUUACCUCCAGUAUUAAAUUUUGAUGGAAUUUUCAUCAAAUUUGGAAAUUUUAUUAUAUUUUGUGUUUUUAUGAAUUUUAUAAAAUCUUAAACCUAAGCCGGAAAGGAAGGAGCUUCCAAAAGAGAGACCUAAGCCCCAAUGGAUUGAGAAAAACAAGACGAAUCCCACGCCUCAGCGAAAUGAAGAUAUUUAGGCAGACUCCAUAUUCGGUAUUGGUGUGAAACUUUGUGCUGAGAGACCGCGUGAGCAUUUCUAACCCAACCUUUCUCGAAUGCCUCACACUGGUGAGUCACAUUUUAUGUAUCAUGAUUAGGCCUAUUAUUUGAAGAUUUUUACGUCGAGAUCGAAACAUCACAAAUUUAUGCAGGAGUACGUCUUCACGUACUUGUAAAUGGUCGCCAGCGCCGCCCAUUUAACACGUCCAAACGCAAAUUCGAAUACAUCCUAUGAUUUUGAAACUUUUACAACCUCGUAAAUAAAAUUACUAAUCAGGUAAAAUACUAAAAUUAAGCAAAAUCAAUGACAACUGAGCUACAUCGCUCGCUGAUCAAAGUUUUUCUACGCCAGCAAAAUGCUAGCUUCUUGCUAUGGUGCCGGAAUACGAGACACUUUUUGCAAAAAUUGCUAGCAAAUCAGUCGCGAUAUAGUCGCAUGUACGUAGCAGAAUGCAGAGCAAAGUGCCAACAAAAUGCUACCUUUUUGCUAGCUUUGUGCCAGCUACGUGCUAGCUAUUUGCGCGCAAUUCUGCUACUCUAAUGCGACCUAAUCGCAACUGAUUUGCUAGCAUUUUUUGUAAAAAAGUGUCUCAAAUUCCGGCACCAUUUACGCUAGCGCAAAAUUUGCUAGCAUUUGGUUUGUAUUAGUGCGUUAUUUUCUACAAUUAUUAUUCUUUUUUUUCACGAAUAAAUCGAUCUCUAAUUUAAAUUUUAACAUUAUUAAUUUAAUGAUAUUUUAUUAAGUGUUCAUAUUUCCAUGUGCUGAACGAACAUGCGUAUUGAUUUUAAAAUAAUUGUACUCUUGUCAUUUGUAAUUUUAAAUAUUUGGUUUACCUUAUUUAUCUCAUGUUUUGUUUUUCUAAUUAUCUAAUUUGUAGAAUGUUCAGCAUCUUUUUUCAAGACUGUUCAAAACAUAUUUUAUUACGCGUUUUUAAUAUUUUUUUUUUUUGGUAAUUUAAUUUGAAUCAAGACGAGCUGACCAACGUGGAUAUAUGUAUACCUAUCGCCUACCUGAGUAAUUUGUAUUAGUGCGUUAUUUCUAGUCUUGUAGCUCGUGUAUUUUUAUUCAUUAUAUAACUGAAACCAUCUGUCAAGACAAUGCCACCACUAGAUCUUCCCCCCCGAAUAAAAUAAAACAAAAAUAAGAGUAUCAGGUGUCUGUUUUUAUUUCACGAAGAUACUUAUUUUCACUUUUUUUUUAUGGGUAACUAUCCAGCAUUUACCAGGCAUUGUUAACCUGAACACCUGUUGAUUAUGCAGCAAAAAUGUUCAAUUCAAAUUUUAUGACACAAAUAUAGAUUUUUUAUGAAGACCUGAAUUAAUUUUUUACAAUUUUUUUUCUUCUUAAAAAAACCUACACCUGUUCCAGUGACCCUGUAACCUUUCCAUAGAAGCAAAAAAAAAUUGAGCCUGAGGCAUGGUUAUUGACUUAUUGAUGAUUAAUUUAUGGAAGAUUGAUUGAUUUUAUGGUGAUCAAGUUUUUUUAAAAAAAGAGGUAUAUUCGUAAAUUUUUGAAGAGGUUUUUUAAAAAAUGUGUUGCAUUAGAAAAUUCCUGUUGUGGUGUGUUCGAAAAUGUUUUCGGAGAUGCAGAUUCGAGUAAGUAUUAAUAGCCAUAAUAAAUAUUACCUACAUUCAGAAAUGCGUGUGUACGAAAUGUGGAUGAAGAUUGUGUAAGUUUAGUUGAAAGAAGUACUACUUAACAUUAAAUUAUUUUAAAUUUUAAUUUGUAUUUAUUGCUUUCAGUAAACAUUUCAGUCUCAGGUAAUUCAAAACUUAUGAAGAAAAAUUUAUAAUAUCCCAAAUAAAGGUUACUUUGAAUGAGAUACUUGGAGGUGAGAUUAGCAGGCUUUACAACUUGAUUGGUUCCCAUGAAAAACUCGAUUUCCAUUACUCGGACAAAAAAACAUUGUGCGAACCGUUUACUGUGUGUACCGUUUACUGUGUGUACCAACCACAGACCACCGUCUGGUAUGAGCAUAUCUGACUUCCCGGAAUAGCCUGGCCGCUUCAGUCUUCACGCUUCAGACGGUUGUCUGUCACACUGUCAGCUCUCCAUUUUUAUUUUUUCGAGUAUACACAAAGCCAAAAAACUUCGGUAAGAUGAUGUUCUAAUGUAUUAUGUGUCUUUUUUUUUCCAGUAUAAUAAUAAAUUCUUCUUCGUUUCCUUUGUCUUUGUCUUCAUCGGAUUCGAGUUGACUCCUGGUCGCGGUUACGUCUUCUUUGGUUUUUAAUCACGUGUCGUCGUCCACUGUAGAUUAUUAUUCCAAAUCAUGCGGUAAGUGUUGUUCAAAGAAUAAAUAUGUGAGAUGUUUAACCCAUUAGGUACCUACAUGUAUUGUUUCUACAAUAUAUUAUAUUCAUAAUUUCUACUAGGUUACGGUCGCAUUCAAAAGAUGAUGAAAAUGUUGAACCAAAACCAUCGCCGUUAGAUGCGAUUCAGUUGGACAAUAACUUUAAAGUAAGCAAAGAUCGAAAAAUGCACUUGAGCAGGAGAAAUUUUGGCAGAUGGUAUAUUUUUAUGAGCUUUUUCCACCUAGCUUUAUUCGGUUCAACAAUUUUUCUGUCAAUUGGGAAACCUCCCUUGUUAGCAAAACAUGCUCAGAGAAAUACAUAUAACAUUUACUAAGAAAUCUACUAAUUAUGAAAGCAUAGGUUAAAGUGCAUGCGUAUUCGCAGCAGAAACUCAUCAUCAGAGUGUCUACUAAAAUCAAAAAAGCGAAUUUCUCGCCUUUUUCUUGUUUUUUUCUUGCUUCCAAAAAUGAAAUUUCUUACCCCUCUUCAUAUUUACGCAUAGAUAUCUUCGCUAACCACUCUAACCCCCCCCCCCCCACCCUGACAAAAUUUCUCAAAAAUUUAUUCUUCAAAGCAGAGAAGUGAAUUAAUUUCUCAAAUGAAAAAAUAGUAAUAAAAAAACGUAAUAAAAACAAACGUUGAGGCAAGUCUACUGAAGUGAAUUCAAUUCUAUGAUGAUAACAGUAACAAAAUGAAAAGUUAACUCGAAUGCGGAUCGAAGUCGUGUUAUUUGGAGGAGGGGGAAUAUGAUGUAAUUUUUUCAACAAAAAAUUGUUAUUUUUCCGACAAAAAUCAAAAUUUUAACGUGCUGAAUACCAGUGACAAUGUGACAUAUACAUACAAUUACAGGAUCAAACCAUGAAAGAGCUUAGGCAUACUUUUAUUUGUGAUUGAGGGGAGAGCAAAAUCAGAAUUUUAGACACGAAAAAUCGACAUUUUAGGUUGUUUUCAGAAAACCCUUCACAACGAAUGAUCAUUUUAUUGAAAUGAAGUUAAAAUUACUGCUCGAGCGAAGCGAGAGCGAAAAUUUGUUGAAAAAAUUGUUGUGAAAAACGAAAGAACGACCAUUUUGUAUGCUGUAUUUUACAUUUUCAUCGGAGCACAAUAUCAACAAUUUUGAAAAGUUAGUCGUUCUGUUCAGAGAAUGAAAAAUUUGCACUUUUCAAAUGGUUUGAGUAUUACCUGGAAAUCAAAAAUUUCCUAUUUAAUUUUUGAAUUCUUAAAAUUUUUGAAAACUGUAUCUUGAAUGGCCCGAGCGAAGCGAGGGCAAAAUUUUUGGAAAAUUUUCAAUUCAAAAAGUAGAACAACAUCAAUUUUAACAAAAUGAAAACUUGAAAUUUUGCUGGGAUAACUUCAAUUUUUCAGAGAUUUUUGAUGUGAAUUCUUGGACAUUUUCUUGCUUUUCGAAGGAAUUUCUAUACUAUUUUCUAACUUUCUUGCCACCCAAGUGAAUUUCUCGCCUUUUUCUAACUUUCUUGCCUUUUUCUUGCCGGUAGACACUCUGAUCAUAGUGGAAGACGCGAAACGCGUGCAGAAAUGUAUGCAUUCCUGCAGCAAAACGCAUGCGUAAAUUUAUCUAAAAAACGUCAGCGGAAAACCACGCAGAAACGCCUGUCAUACGCAGGGCAGAAACGCCAUGCGUGUACGACGCGUUAGUCCAGAUUUCUGCAUGCUGCGGUGGAUCUGCUGGUGUUCCGCCACAUAACCGCGUGCAUUUGCGCAUGCAGGACUGUUUUUCAAUUGCUGCUCGGGUAAGUACAUAGAAUUUACAUUCUCUACUUCCACACUUUUUUCAAAAGAGGGUCUCUAAAUCCGAUUUCAAAUAAAUAAUAAUAAUUAUAAUAUUAAUUCAAAUGUGAUAAAAAAUGUAUUUUUUUCAACGGUUUGUUGCAUAUUUUAAAGUUGGUUAUAAACCACUUAUGUGGUGCGCAGCUUCCAGUAACUAGAUCAAUAUAUGCCAGCUAAAAGGGGAAUGGUGAUGGAAAAGGUAAUAAUUCGAGACUUUUUCUUUUCUUCUAAAAUACUUAAAAGAAGAAAAUAAUGACUGUGUCAAAUCAGUAUCGAAUAAAACGAUUUUCAAAUGCAGUUUAUGGAGCAGAACAUAUUUUCCAUCUAAUUGGAUCAGUAAGAUUAUUGCCAGAAAAUAUGAAAAACAUAAUUUUUCCUGUAACUCAACAAAACGAUUUCUUUGCCCGCGAAAUAUACCAUGAUUAAAUAAUUAUUUUACUAAUGAUUCUCCCCAGUCUCUUACCGAGACCGCCUUGCGACAGCAAGAAGCCGCUGAUAUGGACACAUACGCCACAGAAGAUGAAUCCCACGCACCCCUAGUCCCUCCAACGAAUGCGGACAGAGCCCCUGUCGAAGCUGCUCCGAAACUCAACGAGCGCUUCGCCCGUCUCGUCCCAGCCCCCAUUCCAGAAAACGAGUCCCCGGCCAUGCAACGAUUUAGGAGAGAGAAGUUAGGUGGAAGGCGAGUAUUAGAUCAAAGAGACCUCCACCAGUACAUCACUGUUGACAAUAUCCCGAAUACUGAGGAAUAGAGAAAUUAAAAAUCUUGAAUAUUUAGCUUAUAAAAAUAAAUGUGACACAGGAGACUAUCAGUACUAAUUAUGUACUAAAACAAAGAAGUACUGGAUGUCCAAAGAGGAUGAUGAAAUGGGCUACAUGGUGACAAACUCUCAUCGUCCAAUUUCUGGCCUACUUGACGCUGCGAUUUUUAAAGAAUUGGUGUGAAACUUUGUGCUGAGAGACCGCGUGAGCAUUUCUCACCCAACCUUUCUCGAAUGCCUCACACGCUGGUACUUUCAUGUGUGAUAAGACCAGUUUUUCGAUGAAUAAUCAGCGGCCCAGCAACAACACCACGCUACUCGUCACGGUGGUGAGCUGAAUAAUCAUGUUUGUACGCUGGCGCAUCUUCGAGACCAAGGAGAGACCCAAACGGCAUAAAAUGUCGUUUUGCUCAGGCUGAUCGCGUCUCUCCCUUGAGGGUUUCAUCAUGGCGGUUGUACGGAAGCCCCAAGAAACCGUGAAAUGGUGUUGGCUUUCUUCUCCUGUGAAUUUCAAUUCAGUGAUUUUCAUGUUUAUUAAUUUAGGAAAACAGCUGACCAGAAUUCAAAUAUGUAUGAAAAUAUUAAAAAAAAAUAAGGUAAGUACUUUUAGCCGAUCCUGCAACAUUAAACAACAAGGAAACAUCCAAACUACCGGAUGCUGAGAAACGUUAAAAGCAUUCGAUUGGUUGAAAAAUAACGUGGAUCGGUGGGAGGACGUCGUCUCAAAUUGGCAAACAAUCUAUUUCUAAAGAGAUCAAAUCAUCUCAAUUUACGAAUAUUUCUGAACGUACGAAGGCCUUACACUCUAAACUCGAGGUUUUGAACUGGUGAGUGGUUGUAUUAACGUGUAGAAGGGAUAAUUCAUUCGCAAAAAUCCAUCAAGUGCACAUUUUUAUAAUAUUUUAAAAUACAAAAUUUAGAACCAAAGUACAAAAGUUAUAUUUUUGUUUUUUAAAUACGAAUGGCAACUCACAAAAACUUACACCUCGAUGCCGAUUAAGGAGAAUUUUCGAAACGAACGUUUGAAAUGACGCGAAAUUUACGCAGCUUCCGUGCUCACUUUCACGGGUAGACUUUCACAACGUUUUUUCGUAUCGGGGUUUUCUUUAUGCUUGAA